AUGAUCUUCACCUUUUUCAAGAAGGAGGCCUUCCGUAACGAUGUGCGCUACAUCCUCUUUGUGCACACGCUCUUCUGUGACAGCUUGUUUCUCGUUUCGACGAACGUGCUGCUUCUCCUGACCUAUUUCCACAUCCAGAUGUUCGUUGGGCUGUGUCUCUGCCUCAAUAUGGUCAUGAGCCUCCUCACGUUUUCUACACCGCUGACGCUCAUGGCCAUGAGCUUGGAGCGAUACGUGGCCAUCUGCAUGCCCCUGAGGCACGCGGAAAUCUCUACCCCGUCUAAAGCCGUACGCUGCAUCCCCGUCAUCCAUGACCUCAGCUCCAUACAGCUCAUCAUCAUCAUCUCUAUCUUCAUGUCCACCGUCCCGUUGAGUUUUUACACAGCUGAAACGGUAUGCAGUGUGGAGAUGCUAAUAGUGCACAAAUGGCAGGGUCACCUCAGAUCAGCCAUUUUUCAGCUGUACUUUCUGGUCAUGUCCAGUGUCAUUGUCUUCACGUAUGUAAAAAUCAUGGGGGCUGCCAAACUCGCUUCGACGGACAACAAGAAGUCCACCUCCAAGGGUCUUAGGACAGUCGCUCUUCAUGCAAUCCAGCUGAUGCUUUGUUUGAUUCAGCUGUGGAGCCCAUUCAUAGAGAUGGCAAUACUGGAGAUUGAUUUGCAACUUUUCAUGAAUGUGAGAUAUUUUGACUACAUUGCCUUCAUUCUUGUCCCACGGUGUCUCAGUCCACUUGUGUAUGGUUUAAGGGAUGAUAAAUUUUUCUUGGACGAUCAGGAUGCCGGGCAUGGAAAUCCUGGAGGAGUCCUGGAUCCAGAAUAUCCUGGGAUGGAACCCAGGAACGCUCCUCUGGACCGUAUCCCUCCCAGUCCAUGA